AUGAGCGUCCCCGAUCAGCCAGCUAGCGUAACUCUGGAAACAAGCCAAGGAGCUAUAGUAAUUGAACUCUAUUGGGAUCACGCUCCAAGAACAUGCAAGAACUUUGCUGAAUUAGCUAAACGUGAAUAUUACAAUGGUUGUACUUUUCACAGAGUUAUCCGUGAUUUCAUGAUUCAAGGUGGAGAUCCUACUGGCACAGGUCUUGGAGGUGCAUCGAUUUACGGACGCUACUUUGAUGAUGAAAUCCAUCCAGAUCUUAAAUACACUGGUGCCGGAAUUAUCUCCAUGGCAAAAUCUGGUCCUAACAAAAAUGGCAGUCAAUUUUUCAUUACUUUGGCCCCCACACAGUGGUUAGAUGGAAAAUACACAAUCUUUGGUAGAGUUAAAUCAGGGAUGCAGGUCGUGAAAAGGCUUGGUAUGCUUGAAACUGAUCAUUACGACAAACCUAUUGAGCCUGCUACUAUCAAGCGGGCCUAUGUCACUCCUUCUUGA